AUGAAAUCAAAUAAAAUUAAACCAUACAAGUCGUUACCAACUUCAUUAAAAAAGUAUUUGAAUAUAAUAAUGCUAUUUAUCGGACCACUAUUAUGGUUAACAUUAGUUAUAUUCUCAUUACGUGGAGCAAUAAUUGACGAUGGAGGAAUUUUAAUUCCUGGUCAACCAGGUAUUCUACUAGGUGUAAACACUACCGUUAGGUAUAUUAUUGCAUUCAUAAUUACCUUGACUGUAACUGAUGUAGUAGAGGCUAGUUUACGAUAUUAUAAAAGUAAUAGUAUUCAGCUAAAUGGACUUGAAUUAUUAAGGCUUAUUAAAUUAGGAACUGAAAGGGGUUUUUUAGGAAUUAUUGAAUCAUUUCAAAAUAGACCAAAGGGGUUAUAUAUAGUAUGGAUAUGGUUAAUUAUUGUUGUAAUUGUACCAUAUUUAUUAGCAACUGCGGAUAUUGCAUUACAUUAUUGGGUCACCGCUGAAGUUGUACUGCAAGAAGGUCAAUAUAAAAUUUUAAAUAAUGCAAUUCAAAUAGAUCCAAAAUGUGGAAAUACUUCAAUAAGUGAACUAGAUACUUGUGCUCAUUGGGAAGCUGUGACUGGAAGAUUAGUCAUCAUGUCACGAUUGAAUGAUACAAUAUGGAACGGAGAUUUUAAUUCAUAUAUAAUUCUAGCCAAUUGUACACCCGUUUCAACUUUAUGUAAUUUAAAAGCUGUAAUCGGCGCACUAACUAGUGUUAAUUGUCCUAGCAGUCUGUAUAAUAUAAAUGGUAAUAUAGAAACUAAUCCAAAUCUAAUUACACCACUUGGAGAUGGAGCUAUGUAUAAUAAUACUGAAAUUCCAACAACUGCUGGUCAAUUAGGAAAAUUAGAAUGGCUAAUAAGUGGGCGAUUCACUAAAGAUCCUUCAACAACAUAUGAUGAUGAGUUCGCAACUGAAAUGCAUGGUGCAGAAGAUGUACUUUUAUAUUGUACCACUAAAAUAACUGCAAGUACUGUAUCAUUCUCUAAAAGUAAUUGGAGUGUAAAACUUGGUGAACCUUUAGAUGCUAACACAACUCGUGCUGUGAGCUAUGGGAUUAGAGAAAUGGAUAAUGAAAUACGCACCGCGCUUCAAGACGCUUCAUUUAAUGGGAGCAGUAUGUUAGUUGCACAAGAGGCCGAGCGCCAAUUAAAACUUGGAAUUGCUGGUAUGGUAGCAAGUGUUACUGUAGGUAACGUUGAUCAAAGUCUUGGGAAAAUAUCUGUCGCUGAUAAUAUUACAGUAACGCGAAUUGCAAUAAUGGCAUUAAUUUUGUAUGGUAUAGCAUUAGUUAUCGUUCCAUUAAUAAUAGCUGGAUGGAUAUUAUUAAACAUUGGCAAAUAUACAGAAGGAUUUGAUUCGAAUGGUCAACCAGUUGUUGUACAAACUAUGCUUGCUGAAAUGAUAACUAUUACCGAUAGAAUUAUUUAUGACGCUAUAAGAGCUCCUUCUUGGGGAGCAUGUUUUAAAAGUAUUGAAUUUCAGCAACAGUUGAUCAGCCAAGAUCAAGCUGGUAUUGGACAUAGGGAUGGCCAUUUUGGUCUUUUUAAUGGUAUUGUUUCAUCAACUGAGGGUGUUGUAAAUACCGGAACACCUAUUUCUACCUAA